GACGUCGUUUGGGAUGAACAGGUACUGGAUACUGAGGCACGGCAAGAGCAUUCCUAAUGAGAAAGGCCUAAUCGUCUCCUCCAUGGAAAAUGGGGCGCGCCCGGAGUAUCAAUUGGCGCCGGAAGGUGCUGAUCAAGCUAAAGCCGCCGGGGAGUUGUUCCGAAAGGACAACAGCGUGCCAAUUGAAAUUGUUCGCAUUCGUUAUUCUCCAUUUUCGAGAACAAAACAGACUGCGGAAGUUGUUGCAUCUGUAUUGAAUAUUCAGUUUGAGGGUGCUCAAUGUAAGGUUAUGAAAAACCUCCGGGAACGCUUCUUUGGUCCUUCAUAUGAGCUCAAGUCACAUGAUAAAUAUCACGAAAUAUGGGCUAUUGAUGAGAUAGAUCCACUCAUCAAGCCAGAAGGAGGAGAAAUUGUUGAUGACGUUGCAUCUAGACUUGUAGAAGUUAUAGCAAACAUGGAAUCACAAUUUCAAGGCUGCACAAUCUUGCUUGUUAGUCAUGGCGAUACCCUACAAAUCUUGCAGACAAUAUUGAAUUCUGCUAAGCCUGACGCAGGAUCCACCUGUCAUGACCUGACUUCAAGAAUUCAAGCAGCAAGAACACUUUCCAUCUUGUCACAGCACCGGAAAUUUUCCUUGCUUACUGCAGAGCUUCGAGCAGUUAUUUACCUCAGUAUUACAAAGCGUACAUGUCUGAAAUUCUGA